UCGCGACAUCACUAAUUGUCAUUUUCUUAUUAGGAUUUAGGCGCUAGUUUGUAGCUUUUUGUCAGCGACCCCGUGACCCAUAACAAACAAUGGCGUUCUAAUUGAGCUCCAUCCCUUCAGUGGAUCGACCCAAUCAACGCUCGAUCUGCCUCUACGAAAAAAAAGCAAUUAGCGGAGGGAUUCUUAAGAAUACACAAGACUUCGCGGAGGUAUACGCGCUUUGUGUUCCAGGCUGAAGCCGUACGAAGAUGGAGAGGAAGCGGUGGGAAUGCUCGGCUCUGCCCCAGGGCUGGAAAAAAGAAGAGGUUACCCGAAGGUCUGGCCUCUCCGCCGGCAAGAGCGAUGUCUAUUACUAUAGCUCUCCCAGCAGAUAUAAUAGAUCGCUUCGAGACAGGGUUGGAUACCUUAAUACCAACCCAAGUGGGAAGAAAUUCCGCAGUAAGCCUCAGCUUGCUCGUUACUUAGGAAACUCCAUGGAUCUCAGCACAUUUGACUUCCGUACAGGAAAAAUGCUCAUGAGUAAAAUCAACAAAAACCGACAGCGGAUGCGGUAUGAUGGACUAAAUCAAUCUAAGGGUAAGCCUGACCUUAAUACUGCACUUCCUGUCAGACAGACAGCCUCCAUUUUCAAGCAACCAGUGACCAAGGUGACUAAUCACCCCACCAACAAAGUCAAGAGUGACCCACAGAAAGCAGUUGACCAACCAAGGCAGCUCUUCUGGGAAAAGAAAUUGAGUGGGUUAAACGCAUUUGACAUUGCAGAGGAGUUGGUGAAAACCAUGGAGCUACCUAAAGGUUUGCAAGGUGUGGGUCCUGGCUGCACAGAUGAGACUCUUCUGUCUGCAAUUGCUAGUGCCCUGCAUACAAGCACCAUGCCUAUCACAGGUCAGCUUUCAGCAGCAGUAGAGAAGAAUCCUGGUGUUUGGCUUAAUACAUCUCAGCCCCUUUGCAAAGCCUUUAUGGUGACAGAUGAAGACAUCAGGAAACAGGAGGAGCUGGUGCAACAAGUGAGGAAGAAACUGGAGGAAGCUCUCAUGGCUGAUAUGCUUGCUCAUGUGGAAGAAAUUUCCAAAGAUGGGGGUGCUCCUUUAGACAAAGAUAUUGAUGAUGAAGACGAAGACCCCAGAGAACCAGAAGCAGAUGAUGUAUAAGAAUGGCCUGCUACCCAACAACCUCUUCCCUUCAUAAAAUACUUCUGGCAACUGGAACCAGAGAGGCGAAGCUCUCAUGCAGGGCUGGCAUUGAUACCUCAAAGAAAAGUAUACCCUUCAUUUAUCUUAUCCCAAGGUCACUGUCAGCAGGUUCUGAUUUUGGAUGCUGAAAUCUCCGAAGAGCCAUAAACAUUUUGCUUUUUAAGGCAUUUCUUUACCAGUGAGUUUUUCAUCAACUUCUUCCACUGAUAAUACAAAGAAAACAUGGAUACUUUAUAUCAUUCCUCACAGCUGCUUUAAAAGAAAUACUUUUUAAAAUGAUGAUUAUUUUGGCUUAAUUUUUAAACACCUUUUGUAAAUUAAAAGUAUAGUUAAAAUCAGAGUCUAAUGAAAUUUACAGAGUCUAAUUUAAAUUAGAGCUGUAACAGUGUUUAUUGUUACCGCCAUGUCAUUUGGUAUAGGCUUUGAAAGGUACAACCAUGUAUUUGUAAUGUGGAAGAGUCUACUAUUGACCUAUCAGAUGGCGUUUAUUUUUCUUUAAAUAAAGCUCUAAAUUUUCUUUUAAAAUGGUGAUGAAGUAUUUAAGCCAAUACAUUGUAUUUUCUUUUCAUGGGUAAAUCCAUUCUCUUUGUAUCCAGGCCCAGUCCCUAACAUAACAUGUAAGACCUACAGUAAACAAAUUGCUUUUCAAAAACAUUACUAUACGUAAAAUGAACUUUUUGUAUAAGAUGCACACUCAUGUAGUUUAUAAUUCAAGCACAGAGACAGGUAAAUUCUCAAGAAACAGGUUGUUACCAGCAAGGCUUAAAAGUUGUACUUUUUUUUCCAGCUUAGAGACUGGGCAAGCCAAAAAGGAAUGUUUCCAUGGAGAAAUACCUCUCUCUUCUUGCAAGCCUAGCUGCAGAAAAUGUUCAGGGAUUAGUUAUCAAAAAAAAUGAUUUGUGUGUCUUAUGUGAAAAGUCUAUUAGAUAUUUGAAUGAACUUGUUUUGUAUUUCAAUGGAAGAACUUUUUCAAGAUACUAAUUGCUCUUCUAACCAAGGGCUUUUUGUAACCUUUGAAAAUGUCAUUAAAAAUACUUAAAGAUCUUCUAAA